GAGAGAGAGAGAGUGUGCGUGUCCAGACCAAGGAGACUCGAUUUUACAAUGCGUACAAGAGAAAUGUUAUUGUGUGCAGCGGGAAGUAUAUUCAAUGACCUCGGCAGGUGCAUGUUUUUAUAUUGUCUCCUAUUUUUCAUGGAGGUAGUGGAACUUUCAGCUGCAGACACUGGACUUAUAAUACUCAUUGGACAAAUUGUCGACUCGUUGACUUCGGUAAUCUCUGGUUACCUCGGCGAUAUGGUUAAAGUACCCGUUCUUUCACAGAAAAUUGGAAUGCGAAAAUCUUGGCAUCUCAUGGCAACGGUUUUUAUGGGCAUCGUAGUUCCUCUCUGCGUCAACCGUUGCAUUCUCUGUAGUGGAAGUCAUCAAACUUGGCUUCCCACUGUCUAUUACGGUUUCUUGUACUCACUGUACAACAUGUGUUUCAGCGUGGUGGAGAUAAAUCACCUGGCUUUUAUCACAACUUCAGCUGUGUCAGUUGAAGAACUAACAGAUCUCAGCGCCAUCAGGACAAUGUUCAGCUUCCUAAGUGGUAUUUACCUAUACGUGAUCGCCUGGGGCCUUUUCGGACAAGACAAUACCGAUACUCUGGGACCUGAGAGCCUUCCAGAUUUUGUGUACCUCUCGUGGAUUGCAACUGGAACAGGACUCUUCUUUGCAGCCAUCUUCCACAUUGGUACAAAGGAACCUCAAAAAUGUCAGAGUAAAGAAAGUGCCACAACGGAUCUUACGAAAGCUCCUGGAAAAUUCAUUGAAGAGUUUGGACCCGAAAAUGCAAAUUCUAGACGGACCAGUCUUGCUUUUAAGUUUACUAACAUGGUUAUGGCUUCAACUGAAUAUGAAGAACAUCAAAAUGAGAUGGACGGAUGUGGAGAAACCAAAAGCCAUGAAGUGCGUGUCAGAAAACGAAGUCUUCUGCAGAAGUUUGCUGUUGCUAUGUUUGCCGACGGGAAAACUGAUCUAGAAGUACAGCAUUUUGAUAGUGAACGCAAGAAGAGUCUACGAACGCUUGAUUUUGACGACAUCCUGUUGAGACUACAACACGAAGAGCACGAACAACCAAAAUGUUUUGGUGCCAUGGAAAACCAAGUUACAAUGGACGGUAUAGACGAUGAUCAUGCAACUGAUGAAGAGUCGUGGAAUGCCAGGCAAGAAGAGAUCAAAAACAUUACUGAUAAAGAUAUGUGGAAAAUGACCAAAAGCGCGGCCCCCAAGACUUCUCUUUGUACCGUAUUUAAGCAAAGAAAACAUGGAAUGGUGCUUUUUCCGGAUGAUUGUAAAUUUGGUCUCUCUAACUCUGGAUUUGAAGAUGACGGAGGUGAUGAUGAUAAGAAGGAAAGCCUUUGCGGUACAUCAAUUAAGAAGCAAAAAAAGUCUGUGACUUUCGAUCCUUCUGGAUUUCUGGAAAUGCCGUCAAUGAACGAAACAGAACGACAUGGAUUAAAUCUCGAUCACACGCAUGACAACAAAACGAUUCUGGAUGAAAGUACGCAAGAUUUUCCAAAACGGCACGUCAGAAAAAUCGAAAGAAUAGAAGGUUGCGAUGGCACAAAUAGUUCGUUAACUUCAACGGAUAACCCUGAUCUUCAUGGUCUCCCUGUUCAAUCGACAAGUUCUACAUCUGAGGGAAGACGUCCAAAAGGAAUCAAAAACUGGCUGAAAGAUCCAAACGUGUACAUGGUAGCCAUUAUCUUUACAUGUACACGCCUUGCGCAGGACUCUGUAUACAGCUAUUUACCGCUAUUCCUCACAGAGAGAUUAUCAUUCCCCAAGGCAGCUACCGCUUAUUUUCCACUCGUCCUCUUAACCAGUGGCUCUCUAGCGAGUUCAACGUGUAAGAAACUGAAAGGGAAAAUUGGAAGUAAGUGGAGCUACCUUCUGGCAAGCUUAUUAGUGAUGGGUGGCGCUGUUUGGAGCUAUUUUCAAACCUUCUCCACCAGACAAUCAACUUAUGCACCAGUGGUUAUGAUAGGAAGUGGUCUGUCCAUUAUGUACGUCAUGGCACUGGUUUUCAUCACUGAGCUGAUAGGGGAAAAUAAGGAAACCAGUGGAUCAGUGUUUUCCAUUAUCACUGUAAUCGCCAGAAUCUCAAGCGGUGUACUUAUCAUUGGUAUACAGGAAUUUUAUCCGGAAGAAAGAAUCAGCUCAAAUGGGGCGGUUAGCAACUACGUACGGCAUGUGUUUGUAAUGGCGCCUGGAGUAUUAACUCUGGUGGGAUUCUUGCUGGUUUUGUUUUUCCAACCAUCUAACUUUAUCUGCAAAAGUAAAGCUUUAGAAGAUGUUGAGGAUCUACACGGCCAAUCGUCGUUUGAUGUUCCACGUCCACCGGGAGUCAAAGCAAUGUCAAACCACAGCUUGGAUGAUAGUCACAAUACCUCCAUCGUGGUGGGGGAUUCUUGUUCUGGGGACUCAAAACUUUGAAUUCUUUGAAAAUUGCAUUAUGUGUAGA